AAUUAGAGCCUACCCACUGCACUAAGGAAGCAAAGAUUUGGACCAUGUCGGACAUAGAGGAUAAAGACGACUUUCUCCGUGAGAUAGACGAGUUGCUUGGUGAAGAUGGCGACACUAAGCUUUCAGAAGACACUGAUAGUCUUAGCAAUGAUGCUACCUUUGGCCUGGAUGACCUAGAUACCAAACUAGAAGAUCCACCUGAACCAGAGCAGCCUAGUAGUAAGGAAGUAUCUCCACCGAGGAUGCCCUCCCCUGCAAAGACUAAGCUUGAUGCACUCAAGACUGCUCUUGUUGCACACGAAGGGGUUGACACGAUACAGGCUAUCUUUGAUGAGGGGACGAUACCAUCCGAUGUAAGAAUUGAGCUAUGGAAGGAUUGUCUGAAUGUGUCACGUCGUCCUGAUACUAUGGGCAGUUGGACUGGACCACUAGACACAGAGAAUCAGGAUAUCAUCCACUCCCAGUGUCAGGAGCAGGCAGCCAAGGUCCCUGGUUGUGGUCCCAGUGAGGUGGCCAGUGCAGCUGAGAAUAUGGAGCUUGUAAUCACCUACUACUGUAAGACACGUAACAUCCGCUACUCCCCUGACUGUGGAUGGCCUGAACUGCUGGUGCCCAUGCUGGCCCUGGAUAUGACCCGAGCUGACCUCUUCAACUGCUUCUAUGCUAUCAUGACCAAGUAUAUUCCAAGGGACUGCAAGGUUGAUGGACGACCGUUUCAUCUUUUCCGCCUCCUCCUUCUCUAUCAUGACCCAGAGUUGUGCUCUUACCUUGAUACUAAGAAGCUUGCUCCAGAGAUCUACCUCCAGCCAUGGUUGCGUAGUCUGUUUGGAUGCGUGUGUAGUCUGGAGGCAGUGACUGUCAUGUGGGACCACUACUUCACUGAGAGAGAUCCAUUCUUUUUCUUCUUCCUCGCUCUUGUAAUGAUUGUCAAUGCCAAAGAGCUGCUCAUGGAGGACAAGGAGGUUGGUCAAGAUGGCCUGGUGGAGAUCAUCUCCUCCCUGCCCCCCACUCUCUCUGCUGAUGAUGUGGACGACUUCUUCACACUGGCUCACCACUACGCACACAAGACCCCUCAAUCAUUCAGGAAGGAUUAUCAUAGUCUGCUGUUUGGGAGUGGGCGGAGUCUCGGUUCCCUAGCAACCAACGUCUCUCACUCUCUGUGUCUACCAAUCAGCUUGCAGGAAGUUCUCGAGGCAAAACAGAACAACAGCGGCAGCAGUGAUGAGGGAGAGGUGGUCAAGUUCUUUGUGGUAGACUGUCGGCCAGUGGAGCACUUCAGCUCAGGACACCUGCCAGGAUCAUACAAUCUAGAUGCCAACCUCCUUCUUCACUCUCCAAAUGAUUUCUCAGUGGCGGCGGACCGACUGUGUGCCCGUGUCAAGAAGGCGGGGCCAGACAAGGGGGAGCACUUGUGUUUCCUGGGGUCUGGGAGGGAACAAGAGGACCAGUAUGUCAACAUGGUGGUGGCCAAGUUCCUACAGAAAGCCAUCCCCUACGUCAGUCUGGCUAGGGGCGGAUUCCUGGAGGUGCUGUCCUUGGUGGGGGGUAAGCUAGCCUCAGUGUUGGAUGACUAUGAUGCUCACGAUGUGCGGACUCUGUACACUGAGGACACUCGUCACAUGAUACCACGCACUGGCAGUGAGGCUUCUGACUCCGAUUCUGAAGGCUACACGAAAUACAAGCAGCGACUGGCCACUCAGGGCUCGAGAUGGUAUGCUGGCAUCAAGGGCAAGUCAGCAAAGCUCAAGUCAAAGUUUGGAGGUCUCUUAUCAGCUUAUAAGAAAACUGAGCCAAAUGAGCAUGUGGCUCCACUGGGCAAGCCUGGGAAGAGGUAUCGCAAUGUCAAUGCUGAUGUGUUUGUGAUUGCUGACGAGGAUGAUGAGAAUGAGAAUCCAAGUCGAUCUAGCUCAGAGGAUGAUCUAGAGGGUUCGCAUAAGGUCAACAUCAGUCUAUUCUCCACUAGCCCUGAGGCUCUACACACGUUCCCAGCACUGGAGGUCAAGGACAGCACUGAGUAUCACAGCCACCUGGUACUCACUGCUGACUGUCUACUAGUCCUGAGGGAGCUCUCUGACAGAGCCGGCUGGGCACGCAUCAAACACAAGCACAAACUAUCCUCCAUCCUCAAAAUAACUGCCAAGAAACGUAGUCCUGACAUCAUCACCUUCAAGUUUGGAACUCGAACAGAAGAUGAAUUUGUUAUCAAUUAUCUGUUGAGAUUUCGUAUUCCCAACACCAAAAAAGUCACCAGUGCUAUCAAGAACCACAUCUUAAAAUAUCAAGCCCAGAACUCGGAACAAUAAUACAAUUUAUAGUGUCAUUUAUUUAGAAGAUUAUAAUCAUUCUGCGAUCACAAACAUACAUGUACCGAUAUAUAAUUAUUACAUUUCUUAUUAUAAAAUAAUGUUAUAUAUAAAAUUAUUAUUGUUUGAA